GCUUGCUCAACCAUGCUUGACGCCAGCUUCUCAUCUUAUUUGCUCUCACGUUCGUUUCGCACUGUCUCCAUCUAACUGGCGAAAAAGUGAAGCUCAAUGGGUAGAAAGAGACGAACUUCUGUCGAUGCUUUGGUGGACGCACCCCAGAUUAAUUACGGCACUCAGCCUGUAGAGCUCAUGUAUCCAACACUUCAUAAGGUUGCAACUUCCAACGAAAUGCGCCUUUUCGAUUUGGCUUCAAUACAACUGGAGCUGGAGCGCGUUUUAACCAACACCAUGGAGCGGUUACAGUGCUUAUCUGCAGAGGCAAAGGGUAAAAGAAUCCCAACCACCAUACUUCAUUCUUUGCAACUGCGGUCCGCAACAGCAAACACUCCCGUCAACAGUGGUCGUCCAUCUUUGGUUGUCAAGGCUAAUCCAAACAAACCGUUGACUUUAAUUAUAUCACAACAAAAUCAUCCUGUUCAGUCGCAUCCUCCAGUUCCACCAGUAGCGGAACCCCCUGGAUCCACUCGGACGAAAUGUUUCCCAAGUCCUGUUUGCUUACGAAAAGUUAACAGAUACAGUCAGAGGGAGCAGGUAGAACAAAGUUCCCCCGCCUCCCCGGACAAGAACCAGAACCCUUCCGGCUACGCCAUUCCAAACAAAUUCUGGGAAUUAAUGGAGCCCUAUUGCGCUGAACUCACAGAGGCCAACAUUAGCUUCCUUGAAGGACUCAUUCGCUCCUAUCAAGACAUGGAAGCCACUUAUUUCCAACUUCCAUCGCUGCGCUCACCGGAUGUUCCGAAGGUGGAAAGCUCUGAAUCUCCAGCUCACAAAAGGCCUAGACGUGAAGCUGUCCAUGCAAGUAGCUACCAUUCUGCCACGAAUGCAGUAGUUAACGCGGAUGGACCGAACAGCAUCUUCGCAACGACUAGCGGAAUACAACGAGCACAACUCCUAGAGGCUGAAUUGAGGAAUCCUAUUCCCGAAUCUUCCGCUUUGUUCAAGCUCUCCUUAUCCCUAUUAUCGUCAUGUUAUCAGGAGAAUAUUCUACUCGGUUUUGCAGAGGGAAUCAAGCGUCUUUCAGACGAAUCAGAUAAACAUUUUGGAGCUAACGCAACUGGUUCAACUGAUCACGACCAGGAUGCUCCCUCUGUUCCAUCAUCACCAAACGUGUCCAAACAUAUCUUUGACAAUUGUCCCGAAUCUACCGCUUUGGGCACUACUUCCCCCGAUGGCAUUACCAAUCCCUUGAUCACCCUACCGGAUGAGAUUCGCCAUUGGGUGACUACGAAGGCCAGUCAACCCCUGAAGGUGCUGGCCAAACAGAUGCGUGUAAGUUCUUCCUAUCGAGUAGAGAAGAAGAUUUCUCAGGCAAUGGCUGAGUUGGGGAUAAUUCCGCUAAAAGUAAUGCAUCCUACAGAGUCCAGUGUAUCUAAUUCCUUCCAUCCACCCAUGAAAUUGGAGGACCAGUGUUCUUCCAAGUCAACUGCGGAUACCGUCACACCCGAGGACAAAAUCACCGUAAAAUCACCGGAUCUUUUGUCUUCACCACGUCAUCCUGCUCCUGCUAUAAACGUCAAUGUGGGUUGUAAAAUCCGAUCAUGCAUAUCCAAAACCCCAGUUCAUUCUCCUUUGAAAUCAGAUCCCUCUACGACCGGCGACACCGAACUCAACCGCUCACCGGUUGGCGAUAUCCAGGCAAGAUGCGUCGCUGAAAGCAGUCCACCCAGCGGAGCCUUUAAAGCAAACAGCCAACCUUGCAGUUUUCGAGUGCGUAAGCCUCAUCGGUCAACUCGGAAGAGAAGAUUACGCAUCACUCUUCAUUCCGCCGCUGUUACCGUGACUCAGAACGGAUAUCCCUGUGGCACUAGACCCACAGAAGAUUACGGUUCAAACUACGAUUCUUCCGAAUGCAACGGGGCGCUGUCUAGUGAUGAUGGUUUAGACAUAAAUGACAAAGUUUGCACUGAGAGCCCAACGGCCUGCGAGCAUUCAUCCACUGGAAAGCGAACGCUGCUUUCUGCCUGCGGUCGUCACACAGGCAUGGAUGAGGAUGAUUGCUGCAGCAAUUGUUCCAUUCACAAUGCAUUGCGGUCUGGUCAAUCGGAGGUGAAUGGAACACGAACGAUAAAGAUAGAUGAAACUCCGCCCACCUUAGUGAAUGGCGAUAUGCUCGAUUCCAGCCACCAGCUCCCAAGCGGAUGCGUCGCUAGCCGGCGUUUUGCUGUGACCCCACUUGAUUUCCAUGGAUCGGAUAUCCACAGCGGCGUUGUCGUAAACCAUUCUUUGGAAAACAGUGGGGGGCAGGAAGCUUCGAUCCAUGCACCCAAACCGAGCAGCAACGAUUUCCUGCGUUCCGGUGAAGCACAACCGGGUACCUUUGCUGGUUCCUCCGAUCCAGUUGGUGGGAGCAAAUCUGAUGAUACCCUCUGCCCUCUUGAAGUUGAUCACAACCAGCAUAUCUUACACACAGGUUCGGCCGUCGCUUUUCCGUCGGCCCCAGACACCGUUCUAACCCGAGAAAUGCCGGACGAUGAACUUGGUCGUGCUAUACUGCAGCGACAACGAGAGUUGCGGGUUGUUUGUGCCGAAAACCACAGUGUGCUUCGUCGCUUGAUCCAAGCCGCACGUCGGGAUAUGCAACGACAAGAAAUUCAACGACGAUUAGCCAUCGCAGACGCAGACGUUAUUGAGGCAUAUAACAGACUGGAAAGUUAUCGACCUCAACGCAAGCCACCGCUGAAACGUGAUCGAGACUCUGCAUACAAAGCGCUCCGUGAACGCUGCAAAAUUCUCAAGGAACUAGAGGCUUUUGACGCCAAGUCUCCUUGAGGCUUUUGUGCUCCGUGCUGGAAACGGCAGUCUGUGUCAGGUCUUUCUUUCAUUCUCAGUUACUCCCUAUUCUUGUCGCUGUUUCGUAUCGCAUCGUGUACAUAUACAUCUAUCAAACUUCUGCUGUACACUGCUUAUCUCCACCUAGCUACCUGUUCUCUUUUUUGUAAAUUGAUUCCAUUUGUUUUGUAAGGCCUAGACUGAUAUUGUCGACUGGGGUCUACUUACCUAGCCGUAUACCCUUCAUUGUUUCCGAUCUUCCUAGUGCACCCCGUACCGUGUUAGCGAGCAUCGCCGCGGUGUACGUCUAGCUCAACACCCAGCGGCCUGUAUAUAUGUUACAGCCGUAUUCGUCUAACUCAGAUUUCUCUGUACUAAUCAUCAGUUCGAUGGGCUGCAUUGCGAAAGUAUUCUCGCCUCCCUUGUCCACUUGACCCCAUUUCUCAUGCCCAUUUGUGUGUAUGUGACCACUCCUUAGUUUUUCUUAUCCUGUGUUCUCGUCUUCGGCAUAUUUUCAGAUGCCCAUCACUAACACUGUGAAUGAAAUAGAACUCUUUUCUGACAAA